UGCUGCUUAAAACAAAUUGUAUACAACAAAAGUGAAGGCACAGUGACGUUCAUAGAUUACGAGUAUGGGGACUUCAACUACCAGGCGUUUGAUAUCGGGGGCCACUUUGCAGAACAUGCAGGGGUCGAUGCGAUAGACUAUAGCAGGUAUCCCGAUAGAACGUUCCAGGAGAAGUGGCUUAGGGUGUAUCUGCGGUCGUGGUACAGUGAGAUGGGGAAGAACCCUGACUCGAUCACGGAUCAACACGUCGCUGAUCUGUACGAGAAAGUGAACAAAUUUGCGGUGCAAGCUAUAGCUGCAUUCAUCCCCUCUCAUCCCUGUGAUCCUGCUCCCAGCAAGCUAUAG